AUGGCUGUCUUCGCCAUCUUCCUUUCUCUGCUCCUCACAACCACUCUCUUCUCUCUCUCUCACCAGCAACCCCCUUUGGACUCCUCCCAACAGCAAUCGCUCUACCACAUUCUCCACUCCCUCAACCCCACCGUUCCCUGGCGCACCCUCUUCCCCGACGACUUCUGCCUCUCCGCCCCACACGGCGUCGUUUGCGACUACCCCACCCAACUAAACCAAACGCCCCACAUUGUCGAGCUCAGCUUCGGCUACGUCUCCGACGAAACCCCCAACCCUCCUUGCUCCUCUAACGCCACUCUCAACUUUCAUCUCUUCACCUCCUUUCCCUACCUCCGCAAACUCUUCUUCUAUAACUGCUUCAACCACACCCCUAUUACUCUCUCUCCACCCCUCUCCUUUCCCUCUUCACUCGAGGAACUUGUUUUCAUCAACAACCCUUCUUUCAUUUCGCCUCUCGCAUCUCUCUUUCAAAAUCUCACCUCUCUCCGGAGGCUUAUUUUGAUCGGAAACGCUUUUCACGGCGAGGUUCCUUCUCAGAUUGGUGGCUUCCUCAACUUGGAAGAGGUUACUUUAUCUAGAAACAACCUUAGUGGUGAAAUUCCCGCUAGUUUGGGGCUCUUGAAAAAGCUCAAAGUUCUUGAUCUCAGUGGGAACAAGUUGGAAGGUUGUUUACCUGACUCGCUUGCGAAUCUCUCUCGGCUUUUGAAGCUUGACUUGAGCUUCAACACUUUUGGUUGCAGAAUCCCUGAGAGUUUAAGAGGGUUGCGAAGUUUGGAGUUUUUGGAUUUAAGUUUCAAUCGUUUCGGCAGUUUCGGUGUGCCUUUGUUUCUAGGGGAGGUUCCAACGUUGAAGGAAGUGUACCUGAGUGGGAAUUUUCUCUCCGGGGCGAUUCCGGAAAUAUGGGAAAAUCUGGGGGGUGUUGAAAGAUUGGGGCUUUCAGAGAUGGGUCUAGUGGGGAACAUCCCUGUUUCAAUGGGGAUGUAUUUGAAAAAUUUGUCUUUUCUUGGACUUGAUAAAAAUAACCUUGAUGGACCUGUGCCCUUUGGGCUUUUGGAGAAUGGUGGUGAGAUCAACUUGGAGAACAACAAUUUGAGUGGGAGAGUGGCAUUGUCAAGAAGAGUAGGACAGAAGCUGAAGCUGAAGGUGGCAGGGAAUAGAGGGCUCUGUUUGGACAACAAAACAGGGUGUGAAAGUGGUGGAGUUUUGGGUCAACUCAAGGCCUGCAAGAAAACUGAUGUUCCUGAUGCUGUCGUUUUCAGUGGGGCUUCUUCUCUGCUGCGGUUUGAUUCUCUUACCUUGUUGGUUGGUCUUGGUUCUGUCGCUGCUGGGGUGCUGCUUGCCUUCACGGGACUUUGA